AUGGCACAGGAGUCCUUCAAAGACGGCACCAUUCCUUUCAAAAUCCCCGGAAGGAGCGAUAUACCUUUCUUCACGUAUUACAAGAUCUUCGGUGACCUCUCCAGUGGGGCUCCACCAGUCGUGGUUCUCCACGGUGGGCCCGGCGCCGGCCACGAAUACCUUCUGCCCUUUGCUAAACUUUGGCCGCAGUAUGGCCUCCCAGUUAUAUUCUAUGACCAGAUCGGCUGUGCCUCCUCGACUCAUUUACCGCAGACUGCUGGUGAUGAGGAAUUCUGGCAGGAGGCUUUGUUUAUCGCCGAGCUAAACAACCUCCUUGAUUGUCUCCACCUUAGAGACGGGCCUGGGUUCCAUCUACUGAGUCAGAGUUGGGGUGGUAUGUUUGGUGCUACUUUUGCUGCCAGUCGCCCGAAGGGUCUACUGAGGCUCGUCUUGGCAAGCGGACUGGCCAGCAAAGACCUCUCUAUUCGCAGCAUCCAGCUACGAAGGGGCGAGCUGCCGAAAGAGGUUCUGCAGGCGAUGGAGGAAUACGAACAGAAACAAGACUAUGAAAGUCCGGCUUAUCUGGAGGCGCAGAUGGUCUUCAUCAAGACUUUUGUUUGCCGACAAGAGCCUCCGCCUCCCGAACUGCUUCCGGCCUUCAAAAAUCUGCGAGAUUACAAGACAAUUUACAGCGCUAUGUAUGUUGUCGAAUCUUCUGUCCUCUUCUACCCCUUCGUUUAUUGGAGCUUUUCGCACUAUUCUUGA